AUGGCGAAAAGAGCGCGUAAAGAGAGCACAGGAGAAGAAGACCAAGUCCACGCCUUACCGCCGUCAAUGAAUGGUGAUCAACCACUGCAAACAUCGUACUCAUACCACUCUAAUGUGCCCGACAUUUUACUUGACUCGAAAGUGAUAAUGGGCGUCGACGAAGCUGGAAGAGGACCAGUUUUAGGCCCACUCGUUUACGGUAUCGCGUAUUGCAGCGUCGAUUAUGAGGAUACACUCAAAGAAGCAGGCUUCGCUGACUCCAAAGCGCUCACUGCUCAGUCUCGUCAGUCUCUCCUCCACAAACUCAUUUCUCUAUCGGAUCAGUUGUCGUGGUCAGUGAGAGUAAUGGCUCCUCAGGAUAUUAGCGCGGGGAUGCUUAAGAAAGUGCCUUACAAUCUCAAUGCACAAUCACACGAUGCAACUUUCUCCCUCAUUACUGAUGUACUAUCCAAAGGCGUUCAGUUGGAACAUGUUUAUGUGGAUACUGUAGGUCCAGCCAAAUCUUAUCAAUCCAAACUGGAAGUGGCGUUUCCUAAUAUUGGAUUCACCGUUGCUUCAAAGGCUGAUUCUUUGUUCCCUAUCGUUUCAGCUGCUUCGAUCGCAGCCAAAGUUACGAGAGAUGCAAUCAUCGAUAAUUGGACUUUCGUUGAACCUAUAAACACCAAUUCAUACGCCUCAGCCAGCUCUUCAAAGAAGCUCAAGAGUGAGAAUUCAUCGAUCGAUGUCUCUGAGGAUCAUGAUCAGCCUAUGAAAUUAGGUAGUGGAUAUCCAGGUGACCCAAAUACAGUCGCCUGGCUAAAGAACAAUCUGGAUAGCGUCUUCGGAUUGCCUCAGCUAGCCAGAUUCAGCUGGUCAACGGUAAAGAAUCUCCUAGAAUCCAAUUCACACUGUGUGAAUUGGAUGGAUGACAACGAGAAUGUAUUCAAGACAUACGGCAAUAACGAGCCUUCAUCCAUCAAAAAGCUCGGCGUGCAAUCUAUAUCGUCAAUGUAA